GGCGGGGCGAGCCCGGGAGCGGAGCGGCGGGCACAGGCCGCGGCAGAGUAGCGCCCGUUUUUAAAGGAAAAAAUGUAAUCUUCCUAGCGUUGUUCCUUUCUCAUGCCAGCGUUGCUGCCUGUGCUUGGUGCCCCUCUAAAGGAUCAUCAGUUUUUAAAGCAUCAGCUUUAAACGCUAGGGUGGCAAAGACAAAAGGACCUCAGGAUGGCUGUAGUUGCACCAGGGACAGCAACGCUUCGUAAGGCAAAGAAAAUCCCUGUAAAAAUAUGUCUAGAUAACCCCUUUGUUUUUGAGUGGAAAACCAUAGAUGGAGAAGAUAUGCAUUUUAUACUGCAGACUUUGGAAGACAGGAUUAAAAGUAUUGGACUUAAAAAGGUUGAGGCACCAAGACAGAAAAAACGUUCCGUUGCAAAAAACCAAGCGGCACCCAAGUGUGACGCUGCCAGCAAGGAGCUCCCUAAAGAGGAGGAAACAGGCCCUCAGCAAAAACCAGGGUGGACUGACAUAAGCAUCAGAAGACAGCUUGCUAUCGGAAUCAAUGAAGUCACAAAAGCCUUGGAAAAAAACGAGCUGCUUCUCUUGCUGGUGUGCAAGUCUGCAAAGCCUGCUAUGAUCACAUCCCAUCUCAUCCAGCUGAGCGCCAGCCGCGGCACCCCAGCAGGACAGGUGCCCCGGCUCAGCGCCACCCUCGCUCCGCUGCUUGGCUUAACGUCCACCUUGGCUCUGGGCUUUAAGAAGCCCUCUGAUCAAUUUGCUGAAGCAAUAGAAGCAAUCAUUUCCAAGGUACCAGCUGUGGAAGUGCCGUGGUUCCAGCACAGAACUGAGGCGCAGGUGGCUGAUGCCAACACGGACUCCUCGGAAGCUGAGGAAGUCGAGGAGCUCGUGACGGCGCUGGGAGAUGAGCUGACGGGGCAGAAGCGCAAGCGGACGGGAAGCAGUCAGCUCCACCUUGCCAAUGUCACUUUGCAGCCUUUGAAACUCAAGAAGCUUGUUCCAAAUCCAAAUAAGGUAAAGAAACCGCCUCGGAAGAAGAAAAAGGCUUUUUCAGCCUAACGGGGCUCAGUUGGUUCUUCCCCUGAAACUGCUGUUUGAACGCAGUGCUGAAGUACAGCUCUGACUGAACUAUGUGUUGGGCGUAAAGCACUCGCCUACAACGUGAACUUGAUGUUGUGUUCAGCUGAGGUACUUUCUGUUUUAAUAAAGAAUACUGCUGAGAUUUGGGUGUGAGUCUUUACCCAGG